UUUAAGUGAACAUCGGUGAAAUGAUUGAAAUGUCAUGAUUAAGUUUUGGGGUCCUUCAAAAAUCAAACUUUAAAAGUGAUUUAAUUUAAUUCUAAGCAGUAGUUAGUAGCAUUAAGAAAAAAAAUUCUUGAAUUAAAAAGCUUAAUCAACAAAAAUGAUAGAAGCAGAAGUGGCCAAGGAAGGGACGAUUCUGGAUUACCUGAAUGAGGACUGCUGGCGCGCCGUGCUGCAGUACGUGCCGGUGCAGGACCUCAUACGGACAGAGCGCGCCAGCCGCCGGUGGCAGGCGGUGGUGCUGACGUACUUGCAAGGAAUUCGUAUUACAAUUACUGAAAGCGAAAAAACACAUCAUAACACCUGCAGGUUGGAAUCCUCAGAAAACACAAUAAAGUCAUUUGAGAGUUGGACACAAAAACUGGGCACAUCGGUUGUGAGGACUUACUGCAAUCUGCGACUGAGUCUUGAGAGUCUGGCAGUAAUAAAAGAGAAUUGCCCUAACAUAGAAGCCCUUGAGUUGCAGUUUGCAAAUUCUCUUGCAACCGGACAACUGAUCUCACACAAUCUACGUGAAAACUUCAAGUUCGUGCAACAGGUGUCUUUCUCUGAGUGUUCUAUAUCAGACCCAUGUGUCAGCGAAUUUUUGGCAGAUAGAGCCUUACAGCAAUUGGAAUUCUUUUAUUGCCAUGCUGUGACUGGUCUUUGUUUCAAUACUAUAAACUUGUCAAAUUUAAAGUCACUUAAAAUUCACGCUUGUCAUGCCAUGAAGCCAAAAUACAUACUUCCAAUCAUUGACCGCCUCGGCGAGCUUAUGACGCUUGAGGUGGCUUGGGUUCCUAUUGAAUUGCUUGAUGAAAUGCAAUUGGUGAUAGAUAAGAUGUCCAGAUUGGAACGGUUGGAGCUUAUUGACGGGUUACGGAGAAGAUGUAAUUCCUCGGAGCCCAUGAGUCGACUGGCCCGGUUGAAGCACCUCAAGUUAUCGUGUCAACUGGGUGACUAUGACGUGGAAGCCGUGACGAGGGGCUGCCAGGAGUUAACGACUUUGGAUUUGUCAGACUGUCAAGGGUUCACGUCGCGCAGAGUGGAGCAUAUAUGCCGGUACCUGGGCGCGCGCAUCACGCGGCUGUCCCUGGGCAACUUCUGGGAGGCCGAGGAUGACGAUGUGGUGGCUCUCAUCCGCGGCUGCCCCGAGCUCACGUUGUUGUUUGUUGGGGGCGCGGGGUCCCUGACGCCGGCGCUGCCGGCGCGCGCGGCGGCCGCGAGGAGCGCGGUGAGCCCGGGCCGGCGGCUGGUGCUCGACCUCGCCUACACCAACCUCGCCGACGACAGCUACCUGAAAGAAGUAGAAGACCAAUACGAAGAAAUGAAGACGGAGUAUGAAGACUUGACUGUAGUGCUAAAUUAAAAACACUGGAUUAAGAGUCACACAAACUCGGUCCCAAUAAAGUCAAUAAACUGAUACCACAGAAUAAAUAAUCAAUAUACAAGACCAAGUGCAGUGCAGUAUGCGUGUGAGGAUAGUGGUGUCGGAUGGCUUACAGUCUGGCAAAAAAUAAUAGAAUAUAAAAAGUGGCAACACUGUAGUGUCGUCCCUUUCAAAUCAAUCUAAGAAAAACGGGACGACACUACAGUGUUGCCACUUUUUAAUUUCUACUCUUUUUUGCCAGACUGUACGGCGCGGCGGAAUGGGCCAUAAGCCACCCGACACCACUACCCUGUGGCCCAUCUCAGUGGGCCACUAUGAUGGUCCAUCGUGUAGUGGAGCCAUUAACUGAUACGGAUGAAGAAGUUGAAGAAAUGAAGACGGAAUCCCAAGAUGUCCGGGCCGGGGGAUCAAAUCAUAACAAUUUGUUUAUAAGGGAAGGGAAGGGUCAUUCCACCUGUCAAAUUUGUAUUUGCGUCACACAUUUUGCUUAGUGAGAGAGUGAGACGAACGGAAUAUUAUAAUAUUAAAAUAUUUUCAUAGAAAGUAAUUUAAGAGUCCCCGGCAAGCUCGGCCGAAUUUCACCUUUCCAUACAAGCGGAGUUUCGUUCUCAUUUUAAAACUACGUGUUGGAUUGUAAUGAAUCUUUGCACAUACGAUGACAUGAGGUAUAUGUAGAUCUGUAAUUAGUUUAUAUAGCUCCAGUUUAUAAAACAAACGAAAUAGAGCAAAAAUUAAUUUUGUAUGAAAAAGUACAGGACAGGACUAGAUAUACCGUAUCCUAUUGUAAGUUUCAGAGCAAUCUAGCUAGUCGUUUUAAAAUGAGAGCGUUUGUAUGGAGAACCGAGCUUGCCGGGAACUCUUUAAGGAAUAUUAUAUAGUAGGCCGUAGGACGCGCCACUAGCACAAACAGAGGGCCUACCGCGAAUCACGAAAUUUCAUUAUCUGCCUCUCUAUGACUUGCACAU